AUGGCGUUACGAUGUCUCUCCAUUUUGCAUCCAGUACGUGUGGUUACGCUUGCGCGACAUCUCAGCGUGACGCCGGUAAUGGAACGAGGUUUUAAACAAGGCCGUGGCACUGGAGAUUCCGGCAAAUCUAGUUUAUUUAAUAAUGAACGUCGAUGGAAAGAUGAUGAUGCAUUCAUGGCGAUUGGGAACACUGACGAAUUGUCAUCACUUCUAGGAGUUUGUCGUGAGUUGGCAGUGCAGGAUAACAUUCCGGAUCUCGUGGAAGUGCUUACACGUCUUCAAUGUUGUCUGCAAGAUAUUGGCGCUCAUUUGGCCACCCCACCGCAAACAUCCGAGAAGAAGAAAUCGAUGACGUUCGUCGACACAGCAAUGGUCGAUUGGAUUCAUGCUGAGAUUGAUCGUUUUGGAGAUCAACUACCACCUAUUCGUCAGUUCAUUUUGUCCGGAGGAGGUGUAACAUCAGCUCAUCUACAGUAUGCUCGUGCUGUAUGUCGCCGCGCUGAACGUAGUGUUGUGCCUUUAGUACGAGCAGAAGAAGCUGAUCCGCAAGCGAUGAAAUUUUUAAACAGAAUGAGUGAUUUGUUGUUCGUUUUGGGACGUUACGCUUGUAUGAAAAAUGGAAAUGAGGAAUUGACAUAUCUUCGUCCGGAUACGUUCGUCAAUCAAAAAUGGGAACGGAAGAAGCUCUGA